GCAACGUAAUUACGCAGGUCUUCAAUCCUGGCCUUCGGCACACUGCCUUCUACACGACUGAUGGCGUAAGCAGGGGCGCUCUCGUUCACAUCAAGUUGUGUUCGCCGUCGGAGAACAACGUCAAUGUUCCCGAGCUUCAUGAGAAUACGGAAGUGAAAUUUCAAAUGGCCCAAGAAGAUCGCACCUAUGAGGAAGGCGACUUGCUAAUGAAGGGCAGAGUAGUCGAGGUGGAGUCAUCGGCAGAUCUGGUCAUCGCAACGGAAAGCGUAGGCACCGAAGUUAAGCCCAAUGUUAACUUCCAGAUCGUGACCGCCGUUCAGCCAAACACAAUGCCUAUCGAUGAGCAGCUGAACGCACUCAAUGAAGUCACCAACGUUACUGUCUAUGGUGAUUCCCCUCAGGGAGCAGGACAAGGCUUCUCCCUUCGCCGGACCGUUCUCGGUCACGGCUCCGAACUAACCCCCCAGAACCCACACUAUUUCGUUCUGGAUUUUAAAAGCGUGUCCCCUUUGGAACCGCACCUCCAGGAAGAGCGGCUAGAACAUAUACACCGUCUCUUUCCCUUGGAUGCCGCUCAGCUGCAAGCCUUUGUCAAUUCGACCUCUAGGGUCACCUGCGGCCUCAGCCUCAUCCAAGGACCCCCCGGUACGGGUAAAACGAGGACAGCAGUGGCAAUCAUCUUGGCGCUUACCGCACUGAAGAUAAAAGUCCUCGUCGUCGCCGGUUCUAAUAAAGCCGUGGAUAACCUUCUGGAAUCCUUGGUUAUUGCAGUGGCAGGGGACUCACUCCUACGUGCCUGGUGCGGCCAGUUUGUUCGCUUCAGAACACCUGCCUAUCAACUCAGCCAGAUCCGGGCAAAGAGUGCUAGUGAUCCUAUUGCCAGGCUCAGAGCGCAGGCAGAUGCUACAAAUGACAGCCGGGCGAAUCAUACUCUGGAAAAAGUCCAAGCGCACAACCUGGUUGUCACCCACGCACAACAGAACCCGGACAAUAAGCACUGCAAAUCUCUCCUUGAAUAUAUGGCCAUCGACAAGGAGAAGGGCCUCAGCAGAGAUGGUACCAAGAAGCUACGCUCGUCGUAUGAGAAUACCUUAUUGGGUUACCUCGAACGCUGCAGCGUCGUUGCUACGACAUUGAGCAACGCUUCUCACGACGUCCUGCGCCUGUCAAAUUUCAAGCCGGCGUUCAUCGUUAGCGACGAGGCAGGGCAGUGCCUCGAGGGGAUCAUUGCAUUGCGUUGACAAUGAC